AUGGAAUUCUUGAUUUUUAAAAAAGAUUUGACCAAACCAAGCAAGCAACAAGGUAUUGGUCGGCCAAGUGUGUACCAUGCAGUGGUGGUCAUAUUCUUGGAAUUCUUUGCCUGGGGACUAUUGACAACUCCCAUGCUAAAAGUCUUACAUGAAACAUUUCCUCAGCAUACAUUUCUAAUGAAUGGUCUUAUUCAGGGUGUUAAGGGUUUUUUAUCCUUUCUGAGUGCUCCAUUAAUUGGUGCUCUAUCUGAUGUGUGGGGAAGAAAGUCUUUUCUUCUUGUUACAGUUUUCUUCACUUGUGUCCCAAUUCCAUUAAUGAGGAUUAGUCCAUGGUGGUAUUUUGCUAUGAUUUCAGUAUCUGGAGUCUUUUCUGUUACUUUCUCUGUAAUAUUUGCUUAUGUAGCUGAUAUAACACAAGAACAUGAGAGAAGUACUGCCUACGGACUGGUUUCAGCCACCUUUGCAGCAAGUUUGGUAACGAGUCCUGCCAUUGGAGCGUACCUGUCUGCUAGCAAAGGAGAUAACCUUGUAGUACUAGUGGCCACAGUGGUAGCUGUGCUGGAUAUCUGUUUCAUCCUAUUAGCUGUUCCAGAAUCUCUGCCUGAAAAAAUAAGACCUGCUUCGUGGGGAGCCCCUAUAUCAUGGCAACAAGCAGAUCCGUUUGCAUCCUUGAAGAAAGUUGGGAAAGAUUCUACAGUCCUCCUGAUUUGUAUCACCGUAUUUUUGUCCUACCUUCCUGAGGCUGGCCAGUACUCUAGCUUUUUUCUCUAUUUGCGACAGAUUAUAGGUUUUAGUCCUGUUAGCAUAGCAGCAUUCAUAGCUGUGGUAGGAAUUCUGUCUAUAAUAGCUCAGACUGUGUUCCUCAGUAUCCUGAUGAGGUCAAUAGGAAACAAGAAUACUGUCCUCUUAGGCCUUGGCUUUCAGAUGCUCCAGCUGACCUGGUAUGGUUUUGGAUCCCAGCCUUGGAUGAUGUGGGCAGCAGGAGCUGUUGCAGCCAUGUCAAGUAUUACAUUUCCAGCAAUCAGUGCUCUUGUUUCAAGAAAUGCAGAGCCAGAUCAACAGGGUGUUGUCCAGGGAAUAAUAACUGGAAUCAGAGGUCUCUGUAAUGGUCUUGGACCAGCUCUCUAUGGUUUUAUAUUCUUUCUCUUCCAUGUGGAGCUCAAUGAAUUGGCACCUGUCCAGAGUUCUGAUACCACCAUGCAGGAUCCUAGUGAUGAGAGUGCUAUCAUCCCUGGCCCACCUUUCCUCUUUGGAGCAUGUGCAGUUCUUUUAGCUUUUCUGGUUGCCUUAUUCAUUCCUGAGCACAGUAAAGCCAGCUGUACCAGGAAGCAGAGCAACAGCAUCAGCAGUGCCCAGAGCAACAACCCAGAUCGUGGCAGUGAUGAGGACAUUGAACCUUUGCUGCAAGACAGCAGUGUAUGAGGGCUAGCUUUGAAAAAGGAGGAUCUAAAUCAAAAUCCAUGCACUGAACUGUGAACCCACAAGACAGGACAGAGUGCUGUGGAGUUUCUGGCUUCUUAAGGAAGGAUAGAACCAUGUGCAAGUGAAGGCCAUGCAUCAUGUUGUGUGGAUAUUGGUGUCUGCUUUGGGUUCACACUAUCAAAUGUUUACUGUGGCAUUUGUUUUGUGUAUGAGGGCAAGGUAAGGUUUAAGUUCUUUUCCCCUGUACCUAAUGUGUAAGUGAAAAUGCCAUCUCAAGCCCUAUGUUGGAUUGAAAACCUCAAUACACAGACCUUGGAGAGAACAAACAUUAAUAAAAUUUGAACAUUCAGGUCUCUAAAGUUACUAUACAUAAAAUAAACAGGUUUGAGGCAGACUACAGUUCCUGUCAAAAUAGCUAAAAUUAAAUUUUACAUUCCUUAAGCCUUUUCUUUGGAUGUAUGUCCCUGUGUAGCCCUCAUAGGUUUGGGAGAAACCAAUCUAUAGUUUUAGUAUCUGAAAUAUUGAUAUAUAAAGGUCAUAUUAAAAUUUUUGAACCUAUAUUAUCAAAUAUUUGUAUCUCGUACUAAUACAAUAUCCUA